GAAAAGAUCGCGCUGCUGAACCAAAAGGAAGCGCAGGACUCGGCGGCAUUCGAGGCGAUCAUGAAGGAGGUUUCGAACGUCACGAGCAGAGUAAGGAAAUACCAGUAUUAUCCUUUGGCGUGGGUGGCUCGGUGCCGUGCCGCGAUCGCGCCGUGACCCGUCGUGCACCUCCCUCGGCUCUCAGAUGUUAGAACGUAAACAACGGGUGUCCCCCCCUCCCCUCUCUCGGCCCCGCGCUCCCCUUCCCCUGUCGUUCUCGUUCUCGUUCUCCUUCCGAUCCCCGUCUCUUUUUGUCAUUGCGGUUACCGCGCUGUUGAUCUCUCUCCGUGUGCAUACACGCGUGCGUGCGUGCGUGCGUGCGUUCGUGCGUGCGUGCGUGCGUGCGUGUGUACGUGCGUGUCUGCCUGCCUGCCUGUCUGUCUGUCUGCCUGCCUGUUCAUUCUCCCGUCUACCCUACCGCCCGCCCGCCUGCCUGCUUGCCUGUGUAUCGGCCGGGUUGCUCCGCGAGCGAGAGCGUGUGUGUAUGUGCGUGUUUACUACUGUGCAAGUGCAUCGCGCGCGCGACUGCCGCGUAUUGUCUGCACGCGUAUAUACGCCGCGUUAUCGCGAGCAAUACCGUGCACAUACAUACGCGCUCCGAUUAUACGUACGUCGCACGCUCGCGCGCGCGCGUCUAGUGUGUGCGUGUGUGCGUGCAUGUGUGUACGCGUGUGUAUGGAUUUUCGUCGCGCGCGAGACGCACGCCGAUCCAAACGCGCGCCGCUCGGAGGCGCUUAUCGAGGUGCGAUUACGCGCAACGCGGAUUAAUUAAUCUCUCGCGCCCGCGGGAGCGCGAUCAAUCCCGUGCCGCGAAUCGAUCUGCCGCACGAAAUUCCCGCGUUUCAAUCCGUACGGACCGGAUGAAUGAACGAACGUACAACGACUCUGCUCCGACAUGGCCUUUUCGUGCCUUCGAAUUUAUUUUCGUUCGUCAAUUCCGCGUUUCGGAGUCGCCACGUGGGAUUUCGGUUUCGUCGAGGUAGAAGAGCGGAGAGAGGGGAGGGAAUAUCGGGAGGUGGCCUCGGCGAGCAGCUCGGUAGGUGCUAGUCCCACGGGAUCCGGCGUACCGGAGACCCCGCUGUCCGUCAAGAGUGCCGGCGCCAGUCCACCGCAGUCCAGCGGCAAGCAUCUGCACAUUAACCUGGGAAAUCAGUUCAGAGCGGGUGGCUCGCUGCCGAACGUUAACAACAAUGUCAAUUGCGGCAACGACGCGAAAGAGCACUCCUCGCCGCAUCCCGGCGCGAUCCACCUCGACCUUAAGACGAUGCUCAGCAAUCUGGAGGACAUGCAACACAACCCUGUGUACCGUAGCGACAACAGGAGCCGGAGUAUGGGGGUGGGACCUAUGCGAUCUCGCCCGAUGGAGAAGAGGCACGACACAUCGCCGUACAGCGGCGUGCCAUACCUGUCGCCACCGCCACCCGAUACCUGGCGGAGAACGAACUCAGAUUCCGCUUUGCACCAGAGCGCCAACGAGGCUUGCCAAUCAACCUCCGCCAUCCCUCAUCGACGAGAUCAACACGCUAUGAUCGGAAGCGGCAGCGACAACAGAGAUUCUCAUGGCUUCAUCGAACGACCAAGAUCCUCGUGCGAAAUGCCUAGAGUGCCUGGGAUUAACAUAUAUCCGAGCUCGCAACCACCGGGGCAGCAAAUACCGAUAGGCAACAACACGGGGUCGUUGCCCGACUUGAGUAACGUACACUUUCCGUCGCCACUUCACACGCCUCUGGACCAGGAGGAUCAUUCAAGUAGUACGCCGUUCAGCAAUAGUCCUCAAACGAGCAGUCCCACAAACCUGUCCAGUCCAACCAGCUUGGCACAAGCUGGUAGGCUCUCCUUUUCACAGGAUCCGUCAAGCGUCCAACAGGGUGUGGCACUGGAAAACAGCACAAGUACUUCGCAACAGGAUCUUCAGAGUUAUCCGCAGCAACCGGCACCGACGGCGACGUCUCACAGCCCGACUGCUGGCCAUUACAUUUAUCAACAACCGCACAGUCCUGUACCGCAAAGUCCAGUUAGUACGCCAGCCGACGAAGUCGGACAUUUCGAAAAUUAUUAUCGUAAUAAAACAUCACAGCAACAGCAACAACAACAUCAGCAAUCACAGCUCAAUUCGUUGGGAUCGUAUAGAUCCACACAGUCGGUGAACCGGCCGUCGCCGCAAUCGUCACCUAGUCUAACCGUUCAAGGAAGUCCCUUAAGUUAUAGCAAUAAUCCAUCGGCGCCGCCUAGUCCUACAGGACAUCCGGGUCCACCCAGCUUGACGUCCGACGCUAUCGAUCAGAAUACUUAUUUCAUCAAUCAGGCGCAAGCGGCGGCCCUCCAGCAGGAUUUCGAACAGUUCACAAUGGGACUGGAGUGGCCCAAAUUUGCGCAGCAGCUGAUGGAACUCGGUUGCACCUGGACGCAGAUAGAGAUGGACACACCGGUGCAGGCGAACACUAUUGGGACAUUUAUCGGCUCACCAAAUCACACUACGAAUUAUACACAGAACGACGUGAUUAAUGUUGGAGGCGAAUUAGGAAGCGGGGACACAGGAUACUUCAGCACGAGCCCACAAAUGGCGUAUCAACCUGCGACGACGACGACCACUGCUACUCAGCAGCUAACACCGCAAACUCCAAAUACACCUACGAUUAUUCUCACAGACUUUUCUGGUGCGGAUGAUCUUACGAAUCCGGAGUUUGUAAAAGAUCUCGGGACAGCAAUGAUGGGUGAUUUUGACCCGGAAAUGUUUCCAUCGGAUGAUGCCCUCAGACAGGGCCUCGAUCCGAUCGAUGUAGAUGGUUUACAAAUGCUUGCUGACCCUACAAUGGUUAUAUCGGAUUCCAGCGCCGAAGCCCAUUUUAGAUUAGAUCGACUUUAAGGAAAGAAAUUUUACUCAUUUACCAACCAUUCGUGUCGACUAUUGCAUAGGAUAAAAUAAAUUCUGUCCUGGUGUCGUGAUUAAUUCUUAAGACACUUCGACAUAUUGGGGUACCACUUCUUGGGCACUGGCAGAUUUGCAGGGAAACGUCAAUAUAUAUAUAAAUGUUUGUCAAUUUUAUUUACAGCGUAUAAAUUCUUUUAAGUUAA